GAUAAGGUUGCACAGAAUUAAACGUGUGCAGGAUGUAAUAUUGGCAACCCUCUAGGAAACAUCAGAAAGAAAACAGGGAUCGAUCCUCUCUGUCCAGUAUGGAGGCACUUAGAGCUGAAGUCAGCGAUAGCAAGAAAUCCCUAGAUUUUUACUUUUCCAGUUUCUGGGAAGACUAAGUAACCACGCUUUUCUUGUAUCCAGUCGUACUCCACUUAUGUGAUUAUCCAUAAUUAAGAACAAAAAUAGAAGCCUGAUUUGGAAGUUUUUCUGUUGGCAGAACCCCUGGCUGACAAUGACUUGCUGACACUUCAAAGCAGGCAGCUGAGGUAAUAAACGACAAGCAUUAAGAAAAACCCUCCUAAAUAGCUGAUUUUGGAUGAAUAAAUGGCACAGAUAAGCCUGCUGCUUUAGGAUACUAAAGAGGAUUCCCCAAGCCUUGCGCUUACACGCUGCAGUAAAAGAUGACAGAUAUACAUGCGCUUAAUGAAAAUAACACCAAAUAAAUUUGUUUCUAAUAUAAAAUGCCACAAGUAGAGACAAGAACUACAUGUUGUCAGGACUCUGAGGCCAAUAUCAAGUCCUGAUCACCUUAAGGAGGUUCACCUGGAGCUUCCACCAUGCUCCUCCCAUGGCCUAGGAGCCCAUUUAAGCUCAACAUUGAGCUCUUUGAGCUUUGUUUUCAGGGUGCUUAUUUUUAGGUUUGCCUUUAGCCCUGUCAAUAAGAAGAACUUUGGACCCAUGUUGUUGCUUGGCUUUGGCCCUGUCUCUUUUUAUUCCUGACCAAGCUCCCUGCUUGGACCUUGGACCUGGUGUUCUGCUUGUUGUGUUUUGAGCUUGUAGUGGACCUUCAGUGCCAGCUCUGCUCAGUGUCUGCAGGAUGGAACCCUGCUGGUGAGGAUCUCAAUGGUGCUGGGCUCCCCACUCCUCUGCCCUUGGUGAGAGCUGCCUCUUGUCCCCUGACAUGCCUAGGCACCCACUUCAGAUGUCUUUCCAUCUGAUCACCACGGAGCUGGUAAUAGCCUGCAAUGCUGUGAAAAGCCUUUGGAGAAUGAGUUGUUUGGUUUGAAUGGGAAAAUCCAACUCUAACUGAGAAGCUGCUUGCAAGGGGUUGCAGCUGUGCUAGCAAGAGCAAUACAAUGACAGACACAUCCCAAAGAAAGCAAAAGGGAGGUCAUAAUACAUAGAUCUCUCGUAUCAGGAAACAAAAGGUGUUGCAAUUGCAUGUAGAAAUAAAGGAGUAGCUCUCCUCAUGCUUUCAUCCCUAAGAAACAUCCCUAAGAUCCCUGUUGUCCCCACUGGAAAAGUGGUUCAGCUUGACUAAAGUGAUGUUUGAGUGAUGUUCCAUAGGUCUGUUCUUAGUCCUAUGUCUACAUGAAAUGAUCUGUCUUAUGAGGCCCCUUACAGUUCAGAAGAACAAAUUCUCCACCUUGGGUUUGCCACAAUACUGUAUUAUGUGCUCAGAGUUGAAAUCUUUUUCUGCAGGAAUCUGCUCCAUCUCCUGCUCUGAGCAAACCUCAUCUAUCUGCAAAGUUCUGUGAAUUCCUCAGCUUGGGCAGUCAUCACUCCUCAGAAUCACAACUGUCAAUAACAACAAUGGUUAGUUAUCACUAUUCAAAGAAUGCACACUUGAAGAAAUGAUAAGAAACCUCUUCUUGCAUAUGAAAGAGUGGUUUCUGUAACCCCUCAGUGUUCUUGGAGCCACAUGAGAGAAAGCUUGAAAAGCACACAAAUAAUCAUCAACUAGCCCUGCCUACAAUGAAAUUAGAGCCAAUGAGAAAAGCCAGAAGAGGGACAAGUUGAAAAUUAACUAUUUGGUUAGUGCUCUCUCCAGCCAAGAAAGGGUGCUCUCAAUCUUCUUUUUUAUAAUAGGUCUGGAGAUUCCUUGAAGCUGUUAUGCCCAGAGCAUUUUUUUUUUCUCUUUUCACAUUGAUAGGUUGGUAGAUUCUGGAAAGUUCCUCGGGCUGUGUGACCAACAGAAGAUUUUGAGUGCUAAGGAGAUAAUGAUGAAUAGCAUAAAGACAAAUAGCCUGGGACGUUUAUUCAAGCAGUUGAAAACUGUCUGGAGUUCGCCUUCAGUGCCAGCACGAAGCUGCAGCUUGGCCAAUUGCACUCCCAAAAACAGGAACGAUGCAUUGCAUCCGCUUUGGCAGAGCCCGCUUACAAUUCCGGGGGGCAGCCGGCAGUCUCCGAUCAACAUCCAGUGGAGAGACAGCGUCUACGACCCGGUCCUGAAGCCUCUGCAGAUCAGCUAUGACCCAACAACGUGUCUUCACAUCUGGAACAACGGGUAUUCGUUCCUGGUGGAGUUUGAUGAUUCUGCUGAUAAAUCGAUCAUUGUUGGAGGUCCCUUAGAAAACCAGUACAGAUUGAAGCAGUUCCACUUCCACUGGGGAGCCAUCAACGAAUGGGGAUCAGAACACACAGUUGACAGUAAAUUCUACCCAGCAGAGCUGCAUUUAGUACAUUGGAAUGCUGUGGUGUACCCAACUUUUGAAGAAGCUGUGAUGGAAGGUGAUGGCUUGGCUGUAAUUGGAGUCUUUCUAAAGCUAGGAGCACAUCAUGAAGGGCUGCAGACGUUGGUGGAUGCCUUGCCAGCAAUUAAACACAAGGACACUGUUAUUGAGUUUGAUGUCUUCGACCCCUCCUGCCUGUUACCUCCAUGCCCUGAUUACUGGACAUAUGCAGGCUCUUUGACCACUCCCCCACUUACUGAAUCAGUCACGUGGAUUAUUAAGAAGCAGCCAAUAGAGGUUGAUGAGAAUCAGCUGGAGGCAUUUCGGAUGCUGCUCUUUACUUCAGAUGGUGAAGAAGAGAAGAGGAUGGUGGACAACUUUCGCCCUCUUCAGCCAUUAAUGAAUAGAACUGUCCGCUCAUCCUUCCAGAGCAGGCAUCUCUUAGAUAUUGAAGCACAAUACUCGGACCAUGCUCAGCAGAUCAGGCCAUAGAUGGCCCAUGUAACAUCAGUCCAGAUUGUAGUAACCGGGUUUACUUUUACUCUGUAAUGAUUCCUCCCUUUUUGCACAAUGUUUAUGCCAUGCAGUUUCACAGACAGCUAGUUUCAGUUCUGAGAGUCAGUUGAGCUUCAGUAGAGGAGCUGUGUGUAUUAUAAUUUUGGUUUUUUUUUAAUACAAACUUUUAACAAAUUGCUCACUCAGUAGCAGGGAUUAAUAAGGAAUUCUUCUGAAAGUUAAAGGCAAAGUAAUGCAGAAGCUCUUUGCUCUUUCUGUCUUCUGAAUUGUUCUAUGUCUCUUCAUAACUCUCCAGUGAUUUGCUUAAAUUAAUACUCCCAACAUGUUAACAAGCAGGAGGUGUGAAGAAGUGAAGUCUAUUAAGGUCCUUUAUGGAACUGCUUUGGAGGUUUGAGGCUAGAACUGCCUUCUGCAGUCACAUACAUAGAGUUGUUUCAGCUUUGUUCUUUUUUAAAACAACAACAAAUGGUGCAUAGGACGAUGAGAAGAAAAAGAAAAAAAUGCCUGUGUGACCCAUUUAUAAUGGAUGACACAAUGUCUGCCUUAUCUAUACUGCAAACCAGAAGACUUUGCAAAACCUUACAGAAAUGCAGAAUGGGAUUUGUGGACAAAUUUUGGUUUUGAUACCUGAUAGAAUGGUGGAUGAGUGUGGGCAAAGCACAGCAAUCAGAUACUUGAUUAUUUUUUUUUUUCCAGCAACUUCUAGAGCACCAGUGCAAUCUUCCCAAUGUUUUGUCUUAAGCUGAACUUCUAUUCUUGAGAGUUACCCACCCUCAUGGUUACUGGGACCGUGUUGUUCUAUAUAGCACCUUAUGGUAACAAAGACCAGUGGUGGUUGGAACUCAGUUGUGGACCAGACUAAAUUGUUUUAAGUUACCAGCUGUGGAGCCUUUUACUGAAGUUAUGGCCCAGUUGCCACAAACAAUGCCUACCUCUGAACUAUGCUAUUAGCCAUAACUUUCUCUAGUGCACCUUUCUGAAUGACUUUUUAUGCUGUGUUGUACUUAACAGUGUGCAUAUGCACAAACUAUAGUGAGUAUAGUACACUGGUUGUGUACUCACGAAACAAUCUUCAUAGAAUGGCUUGGGUUGGAAGGGACCUCAAGGAUCACGAAGCUCCAACCCCCCUGCUGCAUGCAGGGCUGCCAACCUCCAUAUCUAAUACUAGACCAGGCUGCCCAAUCUUGAUUGUAUUUCAUGUAUAUUUUUAGAGGAUGCAUUUCUUGAUCCUCUCCUGCCAUUAAGCAGUCAGCAGUUGCUGGUGUCAUUCAGGACUAAUGAAGCCAGGAGACCAACUUGUCAGUGACAAAUUCACAUCUUUUGGAAUCAAUACUUUCCCAUUCCAAAUGUUCACUUUAAAAGCACUUUAACACUUUUCAGCGUGACUCUAAUGAUUUUAAAGCUUUUGAAUAUUUUUGCUUAACCAAUUAAAACUUGUGCCUUUGCUUCCUCAAUAUCUCUACCUCAGACUUCUGUUACAUUUCAGCAGUUGUGCCUUUCUCUGCUAAUGUGGCUGCUUAAUUUUAGGGUGACUACUCAGUAGAUCUAAGAAAAUCUCCAUUGGCUUCUGCUCCUUGUGUGAUGUAUAUACAUCUUUAUAAUAUGUUCUGAGUGGCAGUAUGUAUCUUCAGUCUUGAGCCCUUAUAGCUCAGUUGAAUUAUACCAUGCAUGACUUUGCCAGAUUUUAUUACGUUUCUACUCUGCUGAGCCACUUCUGUUGUGGCUGUAAUGGUUUUGCCAGAGGAUGGCAGGUUCUGAAAAUAACUUUGAAAGGGACUUUGCAAGUCUGGCAAUAGGAAGAGAUUUAUUUUACUUUGUACCUGAGUUCAUUGUUGAACUUGCUUUCAUUAUUAGCAAUUAGGAAAAAUCCUGUAAUACAGUCAUUGUAAUGUUGUCUUUGCAUUUAACAAUGGAGGUGACUCAGUGGAACUAAGCUAGAUAGAGGCAGCCUGCAUCAACCAUAAUUAGAACUGCUGCCUUAUAAAUGUGGAAAUGGAUAUGGCAAAAAGAACUGAAAUAGGCUCUGUGAGAUCAGGGAGAAGCCAAUUGUUUGCUUUACUGAUGGAGGAAAAUUGUUAGAAUUACAGAGGGAACAACUUGGCUUAAUUUGGGUCAGUUUGAAUUACAGCUGAAAAGAGCAAUGGGAAACUAACCUCCUUACAAGCAGGUUAAUGUAGUAUCUCUGAAUUGUAUAAGCUCUGAUUAGGAACUAUCUUCUUGUGGUUAUUAAAGUCCUUUAAAGCAAGCAAAUUCUUGCUAUCAUAAGCGAAUGGGUCUUUAGAAAAGCCUUAUGCAAUUGCUCAGAGUAUUUUAGUUGCCUGCUUACUCUAAGGUUUUGUGUACCUCUGAUCCACCAAGCUUAUUUCACCAACUAAUGUCUCUUCCUGGCAUGUGCAAAUACAAGAUACACAUUUUGUUCUUAGGGGUUACCAUGGUGUUCAUGUUUUAUCUUCUACAGCAUUUAAAUAUCCUGACAUAAAAUCUAUUUCAGUUUCAGCACUGAGUUUAUAUAUAUAAUAUAUACACGUGUGUAAACAGGGUCAGAAGAGGAAAAAAUGAACUGGAUUUUGCUAAAACAAGCUCUGCAGGGAUUUGCUGUUAGAGUUGUGCUGCUUUCAAGAUGCCUGCUACAUUUCCAUGUCAGUGUCUUAGCAUCUCUGGUUCCAAUGGACAGUAUUCCAGUUGCAGGGCAGGCUCUGGUUAAAAUUAACAGGCUGAAAAUGAAAGUGGGUCUUUUGGGGUUUUUUUUAGUUUUUUUUUUGUUGUAUUUUGUUGGGUUCUUGGCUAAUUUAGUUAAUGUCUGUAACGACUUUGCACAACUGACUUAAACUGUAUUUGGAAGGUGUCUGCAUAGGAAUCUUUAGGCUCUUUUGGACAAUACAGUAGAGAAGGGUCAGAACAGAUGUUUGUCCUUGAACCUAAUUGCUUCUGUUAAUUAAUACUGUUCUGAGAGACAUUCCUGUGGCAGUCAGCACUAUGAAUGAAAUGUUGUAGUGGAACUCAUUCUGAGGACAGCUUAAAGAAGUGAGAGUAGAAGUUCUCAAGUGCAUAUUGUAAUAUAUGUUGUGCCUAAUGGUAAUUUACUGAAAUGAUUGCCUUUGUACAACAUACAUAUUGAAGUGCCUUUUGUACUCGUAGCAUACAGACCUUUCAUUUUGAUGUAAAGAAACUUCUAGCUACUGUAUUUUUCUAGCUGUUAAACUAGUGUGCAACCAUGCAAUAAAAAAGCACAGCAACCCGUGUCUGUAUUUCA